UGUAUGUAUCAAUAUCAAAUAUCUGAGGGGAAGCUUGAUGCGCUAACCACUAAACCAAAGUUGGUAUCACAUCCAAGUUGGCUAGUAUAAAUUGCUUAGCAUCAAGUCGAGAUCGUUAGUGGGCACGCUAACCGAUUGUAAAGUAGAGUUCUAGAAGAGUAAAUUGUACAAAGUGGAUUUUUACAAUAUAUUUUGCAAAAUUUUGUCUUUUCCGUUUGGUAUUAAAAUUAACAGCGGAGGUGUUCGCGGCCAUAGUGGAGUUCCCAAUCAAAAAUACAAUAAACUAAUCAACAAAAAUAAUACUAUUAAAUUAGUUGAAUUCCAUACACUUGAGGAUUUAAAAUACAAAAUGGCUUUUCGCGACAAAAAUGCAGUGAUUACCGGCGGCGCCAACGGCAUUGGCUUGCAAGUGUGCAAGCAACUCUUGGCCAAUGAGGCGUCGAAAAUUGCUAUUAUUGAUAUACAAGAAAAUACGGAAGAUAUCUCUAAGUUACGUGCAGCUCAUCCCACACAAACUAUAGUGCUGGUAAAAACCGACGUUGCGAAUAGGCAGGGCAUUGCAGAUACCUACGAAGAACUUGGAAAGGCUUUUGGCUCCAUUGAUAUUGUUGUGAAUGUUGCUGGCAUUUUCAAUGAUCAGGAUGUACAGCGUACCAUUUUAGUCAAUUUGGGCGGCAUCAUUAAUUCCACACUUGCGGCUCUUAAAGUGAUGAGCAAGGAAAAUGGUGGGGAAGGAGGUAUUGUAGCAAAUAUGUCUUCUGUUGUUGGUUUGGAUCCAAUGUUUCUGCUGCCUGUGUAUGCUGCUACUAAAGCAGGAAUUAUAAAUUUCACACGAUGUUUGGGUACUGAUAUUUACUUAAAUCGCACUGGCAUCAAGUUCAUCACAAUCUGUCCCGGCGCCACUAUUACGGACAUGUUUACAAAUUUUACUGAGAAAAUACUCUUUCCCGAUAUGGGUGAUGAAUCAUAUCGAGUGCUGGAUCGUCUCAACAAGCAAAGUGCUGCCGAUGUAUCACGUUGCAUACUUAGCGCUUUAGAAAAGGAGAAAAAUGGUGAGGUGUACAUAAUCGAGGGCAAGCGACUGUUUCCAAUGGAAAUGAAGAGUUACUGGCGUGGUAUCGAGAAGGAAUUGAGCGAUUAGAAA